AUGUCUGAUAGACAAGUGCGGUUGAAGGCUCAAGUGUUCAAAAACGCUAUAGAAGGCGGGAACACAAACAAAAUCAUCGACCAGAUGCUGAGUAAAACAGUGAUUAAACAAGACCAAUUGACUAUUUUAAUUCACAUGAUGUCGAAAGAUCCGACGCGACUUAUGGCGUAUUUAGCGAAAAUCAAACUGGACGAGAUGGGGUUGGACAUAGAGAGGACUGUGUUUGAAAUGGUCGAGGCCGGAAUGAUGAAAGAAGCGAAGGACUUUGCGUUUAAACACUCGAGUUCGAGUUAUGUGAAACUUAUGAUAAGAAGCGCACUGAGCUGCUCUCCCGAUGAGGCGAUUCACACGUACGAGUCGAUUAUCAAUUAUAUUAAUACGUGCCCCCUUCCAGAAAAAGCGCAGUUAUUUGUUAAGUUUGGGAAGUACAUUGUGGAGUCGUUGUAUGUGUAUGCGAUGACGGAUAAAUAUUCUGCAAGCGCGUUAGUUGCUAUCAAAAAGGUUCGUGUCAUUCUUGUCUCGAUCUUUUCAAACCCGAAUUGCGCGAAAUACAACCCCGAGGAUUUUGUUGAGAUUUUGGAGUCUGAAAAAGACCAACUGUUUUUGUUCUUAAAAGAAGUUCAAAAGUUUUCGAACAACGGGACUAAAUUUAAAGUCAGUGAUAAAGUCAAGGAAUUGCUCCUCGAAAAGGAAAUAUGUGCCAAAAAUGAAAAGCCUUCAAAGGCUACAAUUGCUGCAUUUCAGACGAUUGAGAACAAACAAUUGUAUGACGUUAAUGUGUUGUUUGAAAAGAAAGUGUUGGACGAAACAGUGACCGACCCCGACGUCAAAAUGUUGUGUCUGUUGCAAGAGGGGAGUACUGAGAAAAUCAAUGAAGACGAUCAGAUGGAUAUCGAGUACUUACCCAUUGUCAAAAAAGAGGAAGACCCAAAGAAAAAGUACGAUGGCGUCGAAAAUAUAAUAAAAGGACUUUUGAGAGGAGACCAAGUCCCACAACACCGGUCGGUAUUGGUGUUUGAUGAAAUGAAAAGAUUUGACAUAACUAGCGAUACAUUACUUGAAAAUGGGUUCAAAGAAAGUAUGAAGAAUGGCCUCUCGUUUAUUACUCAAAUACCUGAACUCCAAAGAGAGAUCGAAAAGAACGGGCCACAGUUGAAAGACAUGAUGGUGAUGAACCCUGAGAAGUGCAGUAAGUGCAAUAACGAAUUCAAAGAUCUCCAGUCCGAAUACCCAAUUGCGACAUUCAUGUGUGGACACUCAUUCCAUAUGAAAGAAGGAUGUUUCCCGCCAAAUGGAGUUUGUUCAAUAUGUAAUGGAAAUGGUCCAUUGACCGAAAAAGAGUGCGAUGAGAAAUACAGAGACGCAAUCAAUGAAAAGGAGUUCAAUGGAUUCUUCGAUUUGGUUAAGAGUGUACCAGUCUUGGUUCAACCAGACGAUAAUGGAGAAGAAAGUGAAGAAGAAGAAGAAGACAAUAUUAGGUAUACUGAAAACACUGAAACGUUUGAAAACAGAGAAGACGAACAAAUGGUUAUGGACAACUCAAUCAAAGCAGAAGAACUCAAUUUGAACCCAUACUUCUCAGCAAGUGGGUCGGAAAUUGCAGCGAAAAUGGACAUUGUCUCUGCGUACACAAGCUCUGAAUUUACUAAUACAAAAGCUAUGCAAGACCCGUUUUUUGGAGAUGCAUUCUAA